CGCUCUCACGGUGUCGUGCAGGGUUUGUGCGUUUCUCCGCUAAAGAAAAUUUAGACAAUCGUCAAAGAUAUCGUUUAGAUAUCACCACUGAGGGAGAGAGAGACCGGGUAACUCCCAGCACAGAGACCGUGUCUCCAACACGCUGUGGUUUGAAAGGUGACCGAAUGUGUUUUAAGCGUUCUCAGUUUUUUUCUUUUCAGUUUUUUUUUUUUUGAAAGUGCGCUUUAUUGUUGUGUGUAAUGAAGCUAAGUUUGGAUCAGAGAAGCUCAGCUCCCGCUCGGCAGAAAGCCGUAAUCAUCGCUGCUAACGCCAAAGUGUUUCGUGUCGGUUACAUGAUUAGCGUAGUGUGAAGUUAAUUCUCGCAUUUUGUCUAUGUUGUCGUCGGUAAUAAAGUGCGGGCCGCGUUCGGGCCUGCUGCUGCUGCGGGCUAGCCAGCUAAGCUACCUCACCGCCAGAGAGACGGCACACAGACACAGACGGCUCCUCAUUGGCAAAUAAAGCUAGCCAGCUAGUCAGCUAGCUUGAAAAUUGACGUUUUGGUCGUCCAUCUCAUGUCACUUGCCAUAAAACCUAGCAGGUUGUACUGAUGGACACCCCUGAGAGCCCCACUCAGUCUCCACAAUCUCCUGAUGAGGAAGAGAAAGGAUUCUCUGACAGUGAACUUCUGGAGUCACUAGAGUCCCCAGCAGAGGAAGGCAAUGCGGUUUCUGAUAGCGAGUUACUGAACGAUGCAGAAGGAGAUUCAGAUUUCGACGAUGAUGAUGAGCAGGGUGAGUUGGGUGGUGCAGUUCAAGAGGACAUUUCUGAUUUAGAAGAUGAUGUAGUGGACAGAGGUGCAAGUGCCCACCUGCAGGAGAGUGCCAUGCUGGAAUGCAGGCAGCGCCAGAGCCGAUCACCUGAACAUGAAGGAGAGGAGGAAAUCCUUGAGACUCCCAGAUCACCAGACCCUGAUUCCCCAGAGCCAGAGCUGGAUCGGCCAUUCACCCCUGCUGAUGGAGAGCAGGAAGAUGUCAGGCAGGAAGAUGAGGAUGAUGGAGGAGACUGGACCACCAGGUCCAGCUUGAGUCGUCAAGAGCUGGACGAAGAGGAUGACGAGGAGGAGGAAAGGAGACAAAGGAGGCUCAUUGUAGUCAGCGAAAUGAAGCAGGAUUCGCCCUCCGUGUCCAGAGAUUUGGACGAGCACGAGCUCGACUAUGAUGAGGAAGUGCCAGAGGAGCCUAGCACAGCUGCACUGGAGGAAGAAGACACAGAAAAGGGGCCUGCAACAGAGGAUGGGGAUGAAGAUGAGGAGGAGAAGAAAAGAAAAAAGGAGAGGAACCUAAUCUUGCCACCUGAUUCUCAGGUGAAAAAAUCAGAAGAGGCAAAAAGCUAUGAGCGGGGUAGAAGGGAUUCUUUCCGUGAUAAAAAGAAAGAUGAAGAUGAUGGCGAGAUUGACGAAGGAGAAAUUGACGAUGAUGACCUUGAGGAAGGUGAAGUUAAGGACCCAACAGACAGAAAAACACGUCCCAGACCUAUCUGCAGAUUCUUUAUGAAGGGUAACUGCACCUGGGGAAUGAUCUGUAGAUUUAUUCACCCAGGAGUGAAUGACAAAGGCAACUACUCCCUCAUCUCUAAGCCAGAUCCUUUCUCUCCAAAUGGAGCUCCUCCUGGGGGCGGAGGCCCUCACCCACUCAUGCCAUCCAACCCCUGGACUGGUCCCCCUGUAGAGGAGUUGCCUCCACCCCCUCUUCCUGCGGAGCCUCCAGUGGAGAGUGCCUGGGAAAGAGGUCUCCGACAUGCCAAAGAGGUGUUAAAGAAAGCCACAAUCCGUAAAGAGCAGGAGCCUGACUUUGAGGAAAAACGCUUCAAUGUUACAAUUGGUGAAGAUGAAUGGGAAUUUGACAAAGAAAAUGACUUCUUCAGGGAACGAGGCUAUCGCAUUACAAGGGAAAUCAGAGAUCCUGGUGAAGUGGAUUUCAGAGACCCGGUUUAUGCUGACCCAUAUGGGGAUCCUUAUUAUGACUAUGAAAUGGAGGCCUUCUGGAGAGGUGGUCAAUAUGAGAACUUCAGAGUGCAGUACACAGAGACUCCUCUGCCUUACCACUACACGGAUCGAGAAAGAGAUCCUCGUGAGCGGCACAGAGAGAGGGAGCGUGAACGUGAGAGAGAUCACCGUGAGCGGGAGCGCAGGCAAAGGGAGCGUGAAAGAGAGCGGGAACGGGAGCGUGAAAAAGAGAGGUUGCGCAGAAAAGAAGAGUGGGAACGGGAUCGCCUGAAACGAGAUGAGAAAGAAGGGAGACCUAGAGAACGACCUUUAAGGGAGCCACGUGAGAAGAAAGAAGAGAAGGACAAGUCUCUUAAACCACGUUCUCCUAUCGGAAUGCCUCCCCGAGGGCCAAUGGAGCCGCAGCCAAAGAAAGAUUCCGUGCCUAUGGUGAAGCGGCCAGAUGAAUGGAAAGACCCUUGGCGCAGGUCAAAGUCUCCAAGGCGAAGACCAGGCCUCAUGGGGUCCCCACCUCGGGGCCGCAGGAGACAUAGGCCCUCUGGCUCAUCUGUAUCACUCUCUAACUCAUCGCGGUCAUCAUCGCGGUCUUCUUCAUACACAGGUUCCGGUUCCUCUCACUCGAGGUCACGUUCACGGUCUUCAUCUCUCAGCUCUUAUUCAACCCACUCUUCCCAACAUAGCUCUUUUACAGGCAGCCGUUCCAGAUCGAGAUCCUAUUCAUCAUCUCCCUCUCCGACGCCUUCUGCUCAGAGAAACGCAGGCAAGAAUAAAGCUGAGCAACCACCUGGAGUAGUGAAAGGCCACCCACUGAAGCCCGGUACACUGCCCCCUCCUCGCAGGGAGAAAGGCCCCUCUAAAAAGAUACCCAGUCCGUCAUUGCAAGGCAAACCUCUGAAACCUAUAGUGGAAGGAGUAAAACCACCCAACCUCCGUGAUGUGGGCAGACCAGCUGCGCCAAGGGAACCAUCAAAACCACCCAAUGUAAGGGAGGGCCGCAGCAAAGACAGACAGCCGGCUGAUCCUCGCAGACGGACGUUAAGUGGCAGUGUGAGUGGCAGUGGCAGCAGUUACUCAGGCUCCAGCUCUCGCUCCAGAUCUCGAUCAUCUUCCGCUUCUGUUUCUCGGUCUGGAUCCCACAAGUCCAGGUCUCUGUCAGUGAGCAGCGUGUCAUCAGUGUCAUCUGCCUCCUCAAGCAGCAGCUCAGUGCGCAGUGCUGAUUCUGAGGAUAUGUAUGCUGACCUUGCCAGUCCUGUGUCCUCAGCUAGCUCCCGUCCACCCACUCCAAGUCACGUGCGCAAGGAAAGAGGACUCCCGCGAGACAGGGAUGGCAAUAAAGACAGAGUAGGAAAGCCCACGAAGAAAGAGGAGACCUUUAAAGAUGAAAGGAAAAGGAUCGAUCAGUCUGGCAUCCCGCCCAAAGCAGACCCAGGCAUGCCCAGAUCCGGCCCUGGAAACCGAGGGCACCCGACAAAUGCACAACCCAUGGGUCCUGCAGCAGGCUAUGGUUCACAUAAGGAUAUCAAACUUACCUUACUUAACAAGCAACAAGCAGACAGAAGCAAUAGAAAGAGGUACUUCCCUGCAGACAAAGAGAGACCAACAUCUCCCCUCGGCAAGAGAAUGGCACUGUCUCCUGAUAGAGGUCGAGACAGGAGGCCUGGACGUUCCCCACUCUCACCUAGAAUGGAGCGGCCAAGAGGUCAAGGCCCCCGGCCCAUGCCUCCACAGGGAGACAGGAAACGACCCCAGUCCCCACCACCCAAGUCUUCUGGAAAAAGCCUCACGUCGUCAGCUGGUAAAGCUCCAGCCCCUGCACCAGGCUCGGGCAAACCUAGCAGCACACUUUCACGCAGAGAGGAGUUGCUGAAGCAGCUGAAGGCUGUGGAGGAUGCCAUUGCCCGCAAAAGGGCUAAAAUCCCUGGGAAAUGAGCAAUAUGCCAGAGCCUGCAACAUCUGACUUCUAAGCCAUCAGUCACCGAGGACAUGCAGGGUUGUACAGAAGUGGAUAAAACCAGUCAUUGUGUUUAAAAUCUCAGACGUCUACGUAGCUCAAAGACCACUGCUACAUUACUCGCGCAACUUCCCCUCAUUAAGAGGUCAUCUACAUUUUUAUUGAUGUGAUAUUGUAGUGCGGUGACAGUUCACUCUUAAUCAGUUAUUGCAAGAAGAUGGAAGCUUUACUGUAGUGUCUCUCUAUGCUGAGAAAAAUAAGUUUUUUUCUCUCCCUGUCUCGCUCCAUUUUGUUCUCUCCUGUACUUAUUUUUUUUUUGUUAAUAGUCUGUCCAUGGUCUUUUUAUCUAAAACAAAACUAAAGAUUUUGAUCAUUAAGGAUUGCCCUACUGAGUCACUGCUUUUGUGCACACAUCUCCUGUCUAACCUAAGUUUUGACACUCUGAAGACCUCAACGUACGCGUGUUCCCAUCUUAAUGAGUGAUCUCUUCAGUUCUGAAUGUUUAGCAAUUCCUGAUUGUUUGACUGUGUACAAAUUAAACCAGAUGAGGAAAAACACCUCUUACAGUAUAUGAAACUAGAGAAACAAUGACAGUAAUGUGAUGUAUUGCUUUUAUAAGAUUACUUUUUUUUGGUCCCCUAGCUCUUUACAUACACAUUGUAUUUUAUUUUGUUUCUUAUUUUUAGGUGAGUGUAAGAGUGGCUUUGGGACACUGAGAUAAGGAAGAAUAAUAUCUUGCAUUUUGUGACAGAGAAAGCUUCUAAAUAAACUAUUUUGAUAAAGAGAA